UAGGGUUUCAUAAGUCGACAAAUUAAAGGAGCCACUCCGUUACCAUCGUAAUUCAUCACUGAACAUGUAUUCAACUAUUCAUAAAAUGAUAUAAAUUUGCCCCCUUUUAACUCCGAUUUUGUGUUAAGUGUAUGUACUCAUUGCUCUCCCAACUUCCCAAAUUUAAACGAGAUCGACCCCUAAAUUUCACUCACUACUCCCAUUCUUCGUGCGCUCAAAAAGUCAUCAAAACCUUAAAUUGCCCUAUUUUUCAACUUCUGAGGAAAAGUUUGAAGAGAAAAAUCAGCAAAAAGUACUGGGGGUUUGAUAAAAUGGGUAGUUCAAAAGAUGGGUCAGUUGAAGAAGAACAUAAAGACAACUCUGCUUCUAUUGAUUUGAAUGAUUACGCCAUUAUUAAGGAAGGAGAAGCUGAGAUUCUUAUGCAUCGUGAAAACCAAGUGUUUUUCAACAAAGCACAGGUUAACAAUCGGGACAUGUCCAUUGCUGUCCUGCGAACAUUUAUAAACAAACGUAAGCAAGAGCAUGAAGCAUUUUUGUCAAGGAAACCGAAGGGGAGAUCUAAAAAAUCUGAAGAAAAAUCUGAUUCCCCUGCUUCUGAGGAUGUGUCAGUAGAAUCUGUUGCUGAAUCCAAGACAACUAAUGGUGUUCAUGAUGGUAAUGCUCCCGAAGCAAAACCUGAGGAUGCUUGUUGUGGCACCACGGGAGAACCAAGCAAGAAUGCUGGAGGAAAAGCUCCGCGGGAGCUAAAGCCGCCAACAGUCCUUGAGGCUUUAUCAGCCUCUGGUUUAAGAGCUCUGAGAUACGCUCGUGAAGUAGAGGAAAUUGCUAAGGUAGUUGCUUUGGACAAUGAUAAAGCUUCUGUUGAAGCAUGCCGGAGAAACAUAAAACUUAAUGGUUCAGUGGCAUGUUCAAAGGUGGAAUCUCACCUAGCUGAUGCUCGAGUUUAUAUGCUUACUCAUCCGAAAGAAUUCGAAGUGGUUGAUCUUGAUCCAUAUGGUUCCCCGUCUGUGUUUUUGGACUCCGCUGUUCAGUCUGUUGCGGAUGGAGGCAUGCUUAUGUGCACAGCCACAGAUAUGGCAGUAUUGUGUGGAGGUCAUGCAGAGGUUUGCUAUUCGAAGUAUGGUGCAAUUCCAUUGAAAGCUAAGUACUGUCAUGAAAUGGCUUUGAGGAUUUUGCUGGCGAGCAUUGAGAGCCAUGCAAAUCGCUAUAAACGGCACAUUGUUCCUGUACUCUCUAUACAAAUGGAUUUUUACAUCCGGGUUUUUGUUCGUAUAUACAGUUCUGCAAGCGCUAUUAAGGAAACUCCUAUUAAACUAUCAUAUGUUUACCAGUGUGUUGGAUGUGAUUCUUUCCAUCUCCAGCCUCUCGGGAGAGCUGUCUCUAAGAACAGCAACUCGAAAAAAUACUAUCCUGGCAGUGGUCCUGUUGUCCCACAAGAAUGCACUCAUUGUAAUAAAAGAUAUAACAUGGGUGGGCCUAUAUGGUCUGCUCCUAUACAUGAUCAAGAGUGGGUGACCUCCAUACUAUCAGAUGUGAAAGCUAUGGAGGAUCGUUAUCCUGCUUAUAAUCGCAUUGUUGCUGUGCUGACAACUGUUUCAGAGGAGCUGCCUGAUGUUCCAUUGUUUUUGUGCUUGCACAACCUUUGUGGAACAUUGAAAUGCACGUCUCCUUCAGCUGUAAUAUUGAGAUCAGCAGUACUGAAUGCCGGGUAUCGUAUAUCAGGAACACACGCGAGUCCUCUUGGUCUAAAAACGGAUGCUCCCAUGAGUGUCAUUUGGGACAUCAUGCGUUGCUGGGUGAAACAACACCCAGUUAAAUCUCAGUCUGCUGAUCAACCAGGAACCGUGAUACUCUCCAAGGAACCAGAACUUCAGGCAAACUUUACCCGAGCAGUCGCCUCUCUUAGCAAGGCGCAGGCAAAGAAAGUUGCGCGUUUUCUUCCAAAUCCAGAAAGGUACUGGGGGCCAAAGGUCAGAGCUGGCCGCCAAAUUACGAGUAAACACGUGUCUCUUAUGGGUGAAGAGGCCAUCAAAGGGUCUGCCAACUACGAAGAAGGUGAAGAAUCUGAUGCUAAGCGUCAAAAGAUGGACAAUAAUACCUCUGAUUCAUGAGCAUAACACUCUCUUAAUCAUGGUUUUAUGUACCUCAACAGGGGGCUGAUGGGAAGUCCAAGAUUAUGAAGCCAUUAGCCAUCCUGUGUUGCGACAGAUGAUAAAAUUUUGGCUUUUAUUUAGUUAGGCGUCUACAUUUUUCUGAUUUUGGUCUAUGUUUUAGAUUUUUACGUUCACAUGUAAUUGUUUGCUUCUGUAAUAUUAUUGGCAGUUUUGUGCUAAUUUAUAUGAUGAUAUCUUAAUUAAUUGACUUUUUUUCAGAA